AUAGUGGAUUAUUUCGUUCCACCAAGAAGAGGUCCAAGAUAAGUGCUGCACGCGCUGUUUUACGGUAUUGACAGAGGAUCCCUGUCAGCAGCAGCAUGAGCGCAUUGAUGUAGAACUAAUAGAGCACUAAGUUUUGAAUCGCAUAGAGAGCUAUGUGAUAGUUCUACUUGUCCAUCUGAGCCACCGUACUUAUCCACUACUAGAGCCACAACGCUUACUGCUUGCAAACGAGGAAAGCAGAAAGUUGGAAAACCUGUCCUGCAAUUGAAAGAUGGCAUCCGCAAUCAUCUCAGUGCCUACCACAGCCUCCCGCUUCGCACUCCUCCAAGUGGACUCUGACUCCGACUCGGACUCCGAACCAGGAAAGAAGAGCGGAAAGGGAGGAAAGGCCGGAGCAGGGAAGUCACAGGGUGGGAAGGCGGGACAGAACAACGACAAGAAGAAAGAGAAGAAGAAGAAGAAGAAGGGCCAGCAGCAGAGUGAAGCAAACGAGCUCAGGAACCUUGCCUUCAAGAAGCUCCCCCAGAAGUCCGGCUCCGCGCCCUCCAACCUCACGCUACAGGGGCUGGCCAAUGACCUGCUUCAGCCUGGGGCCCUGGGCGGGAGUGGAGACGCUGUCCCCCAGGAGGGCUGGCAGCAGUGGAAGCAGAGAGAUGAGCAGCUAACUAGUGAACUUUAUGAAGCUGACCUAGAGAAAGCACUCAUCCUCAGCAAAAUGGAAUUUGAAGAGCAUAAACGGGAUGUGGUGACUACAGAGCAGGCGUCACCAAAGCCCAAGAGCUCCACGGGCAAGGAGAAGAAGAAGAAGAAAGAGCAGGGCAAAGACAAACGCCCCACCGUCUCCCUCAAGGAGUUCCAGACAGAAGGCAGCAUAGAUCAGAUGACGAAGCGGCCAGAGAAGGAGGAGCCCAAAGCUGCCAACCCGACUCCGCGUGAUGACAAGUUUUUCGACAAGCUGGAGAGUGAGGUGAGCCAGAUCGUCCAGAGAGACAAGCGGAGGGAGCAGUUCUCCAACAGCGCCGGCCAGGAAGUCAACACGUCCUCAGAAUAUGAACCGGAUGUGAGAAACGAACAGUUGAAGUUUGAACUGGAGAAGAAAGAUGAAGAGAUCGGCCAGCUGAAAAAGAUCAUCUCGCAAUGGGAGGGGAAGUAUAAGGAAGUGAAGGCCAGAAACGCCCAGCUCCUCAAAAUGCUCGGACAGGGCGAGAUGAAAGACAAAGCUGAAAUAUUGCUACAAGUAGAUGAGCUGCUAAACAUCAAAGAAGAACUCUCAUCAGAGGUUUCAAUGUUGCAUGCAGCAUUGGAACAGGAAAGAUCAAAAGUGAAAGAGUUGCAGUCAGAUCAACCCAAACACCAGAUGAAGCAUGAAGGCAGGGUGAAGAUCAGCAAGGUAUCAAGAGGCAACCGGAAAUCAAAAAAGAAUGCGGAGGGUGAUUAGCGACGGCCAUCCCUGAUCCCCUCUCAAACCUUGGAAGAGCAACCCAUGAAGGAAAACGACACAAAACACAACACACCCAACGACAAGCGCACAUGCGUACUUUCUCCUCUUCAGGGUUUCCCCAUUUCUCACGGAAACACUCAGUGUUCUGUUCAUUCCCCCUCAUUCCCCCUUUUUUCUCUGUUUUCAGCAUACCUGACAUCCUUAAAAUGUUGGCAUGUUUCCUCAACAUUUACUACUGCACUGAACGAUUUUGUGGAUGUGGGAUGUUCAAUCCGACAAUGCCUUGUAAAACUGUAAUUGUAAAGAACUGAUUUGGACUUUUUAAGAGGAAUGACAAUGUUCCAAGGAUGAACUUGUCAUCUCCCUCUGUUGGCAAAAUAAUGCCAUUACACCCCCACUAAGCAGCGAGGGAGUCACUACUGUUAUGUAUGAAGAGGGGGGUCAUGCACACUUUUAAUAAAAGCAACUUUUUUUCAGUG